AUGGACGACGAUUAUGUUGCGCAGGUCCUUGCCAAUGAGGCACGAGCCAGUUCAUUGAAGUAUUCGUCCCAAGGAUCUGGGGCAUAUCUACCUACAAAGCCAUCGAACGGUGCACCUAAUAAGCCUAACACCCGUUUCCUCCGCCAUCUCAUCAAAGAGACGGACAAUCACAAUGUAGCUCUGAAACGCAAGGAGGAGCGAGAGGCCAAAGAGCGAAUGCGUCAGCUGAAAAACCAAGCCUCAGGCUCAGCUGCGAUACCGAAAAAUGAUCGUCAGGCUGGUGCGAGAGAGCCGGAGAAACCCCAGAGAGAGGGGCAUGGGGGCAAUUAUGAUAAGCAUCACUCGCAUCGGGAAAGGCACCGAAGUCGUUCUGCAUCGGCAGAGAGAGACCGGUCACGGAGACAUCGAAAAUACGAGGAAUACGACCGAGAUGAAAGACAUCGGGAUCGUGACCACCGUCGACAUCGACGUGAACGUCAUCGACAUGAAUCCCCUGGGGCAGACCGCCGAGACAAGAAGGAUGAUCGGGGGAGACGGCACCGGGGCCGCUCACGCUCAAAGUCUCGCAGUCGCUCUCCCCACCGGGACCGGGACCGCUACCGCAGCCGACGACACUACGAGUCUGGGACCUCAUUCCGCGAUCGUUUGCGUGGUCAUUCUCAUUCGCGCGAGCGUCACCGAGAUCGCCGGUUGAAACGUGAUGAGGAAGUUUCGGCUCAGGAACACCGUUCGUCUCGUCGAGAGACCAAUGCACGCCCUGAAGUAAAGGCACCCCCUGUCAAGGCCCUGCACCACGAGUCGGCCGAUGAAUCAGAUCCCCUUGAAGACUUCAUCGGACCGCUCCCUCCCUCGGAGAACGGCAAUGCUCUUCGUUCGCGAGGCCGAGGCGCCUACAAACCUAACUCGAGUACCAUUGACGCUCACUUUGCGGCAGACUACGACCCUACGCUCGAUGUGCGCCCCGAAGAAGAUGGUCUGCAGUCCGCAAGCAAGAGCUCCUCUCGCCGCCCCGUUGAAGGGCUCAUGACUCAAGAAGACGACUGGGACAUGGCCCUCGAGGCAUUGCGAGACCGUACACAGUGGCGACAGAAAGGCGAGGAGAGAAUGCGUGCGGCGGGGUUUAACGAUACUGCCAUCGAUCGGUGGAAGAACAAUGCGGCCUUCGCCAGCAUGGACGAAGGCCGGCCGGAGGACGUCCAGUGGUCGAAGAAGGGCGAAAAACGGGAAUGGGACCGAGGCAAGGUCGUUGAUGACGACGGCCAUACUUGUGUCCGACCUGCUUGGUAG